UCUUUCUAUCCCAGCUGCUGCAUCCUCCUUGGUAGCGCCCAGUUCCUGUCUCUUGUCGGGUUCUCUCUAUGGUGGUGGCCGGACGAUACCAUUGAACAGGGAAGCGGGGGUGCAUUGCCGGUGUCCGCGGAGGGUGACAGGAAGAUGGCGCAGGCUCUGUCUGAGGACGAGUUCCAGCGGAUGCAGGCUCAGCUCCUGGAGCUCCGGACCCAGAACUACCAGCUGUCUGACAACCUGCGGAAAAACAACCAGGAUCUUACAUCUCUCCGCCAGAAACAUGGGUCACUGGAGAAGGAGUUUCAGAAGGCCCAGAAGGCCCUGAGCAAAAGCAAGAAAGCCCAGGAGGUGGAGGCGUUGUUGGGCGAGAAUGAAAUGCUCCAAGGAAAACUCCACAGUCAGGAGGAUGACUUCAGACUGCAGAACAGCACAUUGAUGCAGGAGCUGUCCAAGCUAUGUUCCCAAAUUGAGCAACUGGAAAUCGAAAACCGGCAGCUGAAGGAAGGUAAUCCAGCUCAGGACGGCGUCCCCGGGGCUGCAGAGGGCGAGCUGAGGAGACUUCAAGCCGAGAACACUGCACUACAGAGGACUAUUGGCUCUCUUCAAGAACGACAUGAUAAGGAAAUAGCAUCACUAAAAAACCAAGAACCACAGGCCAAUGGCCUCCGCACAGGACAGGUGAGCGAGGCCCAGGAUGGACAGGACCACAUGCAGCAGGACGGGGAGCAGUCUAGGAGCUGGGAGCUGGGGGAUGAUAAUCUGCAGAGUGUAACAUUAAAACUAGAAACACAGACGGAAGAGAACAGACUGAUAAGAGACAAAAUCAAUGCGUUACAGGCGGAGAUCUCCAAGCUUCAAGAAGAAAACACAAAGGUAUCAGAAAAGCUAAAAAAGAAACAUGACAGUUACCUGCGCCUCCAAACAGACAAGGAAGCCCUAUACAAUGAUAGCAGGACGAAAAUAGAGGAAAUCCAGCAGAGGAAAGAGGAAGAACUGAAAGCCUCAAUCUUACGGAACCAGAAGUUGCAGCAAGACCUGAAUGCAACUCAACAGACAUGUUCUGAUAUGAGGGAGCAGAUCCAGAGCCUGAAGCAAGACCAUGACAAGGCCCUGCACGGACUCCAGGAGCAGGUAGCGUGGCAAAGUGCGGAGAGCCAGGAGCAGGUUGACCAAAUUUUGUCAGAGAACGAUGCCCUGCGUACCAACCUAGCGGCCUUGGAGCAGAUUCAGACAUCUAGGACUCAGGAGCUCAGUUUAUUACGGGACCAAAGUGCAGCCCUGACGGCCGAACUUCAGCAACUGCAGAACGAGAAGGAAGCUCUGCUGGCCCAGAGAGAAGACCUGAAAACGCAGCUGCAGGAGUCCAGCCGCGCCAAUGGCCGACUUCUGGAGCAGCUUCAAGAACAGAAGCAGGAGGUUCAGCAGCUGCAGCAGGAUCUUGAUGAAGCACGAAAGAGUGCGGAUAAGAGGAAAGGUAUGCUGGAUGAGAUGGCCAUCGAAAUGCAGCAGGAGAAGGCCCGGCACAAAGAAGAGGUGGGAAAUAUUAAGCUCCAGCAUGAGAAGGAGGUACUGGGUAUAAGAGCCAAGUAUGAGAAGGAGCUGAGGGAGCUUCACGAAGAGAAGAACCGCGGAGAGGAAGAGCUGAGGGUUCAACUGAGAGAUGAGAAGGCUCGAUGCCGGGAGUUAGAAGGAUUGCAGCAGACAACAGAAGAACUCCGCUUACAGAUUCAGUCACUGGAAGGAACCAAAGGCUGGUUUGAGCGGCGACUAAAGGAAGCAGAAGAGACAAUUGAGAGGAAUCAGUUGCAGCAUGAAGAGAAUUUGGCCAAAGUACGAAAGGAACAUUCUGCUGAUCUGCAGGUUAAGGAUCAGGAGCUGGAGACACUGACGGAACAAAUAAAGGCUUCAGAGAAAGACAAGGAUGGUCUGAAUGAAACAAUAGAGCGACUAAAACAGGAUAUUAAGGAUGCAGCAGAUGGACAGAGAAUCCUGGAGAAGAAGGGCAGUUCAGCACUAAAGGACCUGAAAAGACAGCUGCACCUGGAGAGGAAGAGGGCGGAUAAACUGCAGGAACGUCUACAAGAGAUCCUGACAAAUAGUAAAACCCGGACAGGUUUGGAGGACUUGGUAUUAGCCGAAAUCAGCUCCCCCAGCCGAACGCAGACGGGCGACAGCAGCAGCGUCUCCUCCUUCAGCUACCGGGAGAUCAUGAAGGAGAACGCCACCACCAGCAGCAAUAAGUCUAACAAUGGCAGCCCCCAGUCCCAGCCACAGAGACCGGCCGAGCUGUCUGAUGAGGAGAUGUCCGACCUGUUCCUGAGACUCGCCGAAAUCCAGCAGGAAAAAUGGUUGCUGGAAGAAAAGGUUAAGCACUUAGAAGUGAGCAGCGCAUCCAUGGCUGAGGAUCUGUGCAGGAAGAGCGCCAUCAUCGAGGCCUACGUCAUGGACAGCCGGAUAGAUGUGUCAGCCAUCCACGGGCAGGUGGACCGCAGCAGCCUCGGCAGCGUCCUCCGAGAUCUGGUGAAACCGGGCGAUGAGAACCUGAGGGAGAUGAACAAGAAGCUGCAGAACAUGCUGGAGGAGCAGCUCACCAAGAACAUGCACCUGCAGAAGGACCUAGAAGCUCUGUCCCAGGAGAUUGUCCGACUAAGCAAGGAAUGUGUGCCCGGGAGCCCCCAGACCCCAUCCUCAAGCUGAAACCAGGACUGUGGCUUUACUCCCAUCAUCUCAAGCUUCCCACUAGUGCAGCCGCCCCCUGUGGACUAGAUGAACUGGAUGUUCCCCCCAUUUUUACGCCUUACGUUCCCCCCUAGACUUGUGCAUUCCAUGUGUGCGUUGGUUUUUAUCUUAGUUGCCUCCUUUGAACCUUUUCUUCUCUGGAUGUUGUGGGGUCACCAUGAAUCCACAUUAUACGGUAGGGACAGUUUGCACAAAUGUGACGUGAAUCAUGGGGAUGUAUGUAGGGGCACCUCUUACCCCUGAGUCAUGAUUUCCCUGCCCCACCUUAAUUUCCAGGUCUUAUGAAUUUUAUCUUAAUGCCUUCUACACCCUGCACCGAGCCGUCCAGCCGCAUCCUCUUCAUUUCCUGCCAUUGCACCUCACAUUCCCUCAAGCCAGAGCAUUGUUUCCCAACCUGCUUUGGAAAAGUACAACUCCUAGCAUUUGGCUGUCCGGGCAACAGCUGGAGGCACACUGGGAAAUACUGCUUCAGAGCUUUAAAGUAGAAGUCUCGUGGUGAAAAACUUAUCCCCUAUCCGCAGGGGGGUCUAACCACUGGGGGCCCCCACAAUCUCCUGUAUGGAGCCCCGGCUUUCCCCGGGAGCGUUGUGUCACGAUCUCCAUAUAGCUCUAUGGGAGAGACAAAGAUAGCUGAACGGUAUAUGGAGGGGGCGUGGCAGCCCCCGCUUCAUGUGGAGGUCGUGACGCACCACUCCCAGGGAGAGGGGGGCUCCAACGGUCGGAUCACCCGCAAUCUAAAAUGUAUCCCCUAUCCUGUGGAUAGGGGAUAAGUUUUUCACCACAAGGCUUCUCCUUUAAGGAAAUAUGUCACACUAAAAAUGCAGUCCAAUCUGUAGGUAUCAGGUUAUAGAGCAGGAGGAGCUGAGCAGAUGAUAUAUACAAUACAGUACAAUCUGCAGAUAUCAUGUUAUAGAGCAGGAGGAGCUGAGCAGAUGAUAUAUACAAUACAGUACAAUCUGCAGGUAUCAUGUUAUAGAUCAGGAAGAGCUGAGCAGAUGAUAUAUACAAUAUAGUACAAUCUGCAGGUAUCAUGUUAUAGAGCAGGAGGAGCUGAGCAGAUGAUAUAUACAAUACAGUACAAUCUGCAGGUAUCAUGUUAUAGAGCAGGAAGAGCUGAGCAGAUGAUACAUACAAUAUAGUACAAUCUGCAGGUAUCAUGUUAUAGAGAAGGAGGAGCUGAGCAGAUGAUAUAUACAAUACAGUACAAUCUGCAGGUAACGUUAUAGAGCAGGAGGAGCUGAGCAAAUGAUAUAUACAAUACAGCACAAUCUGCAGGUAUCAUGUUAUAGAGCAGGAGGAGCUGAGCAGAUGGUAUAUACAAUACAGUACAAUCUGCAGGUAUCAUGUUAUAGGCAGGAGGAGCUGAGCAGAUAUAUACAAUUCAGUACAAUCUGGAGGUGUCAUGUUAUAGAGGAGGAGGAGCUGAGCAGAAGAUAUAUAUACAAUACAGUACAAUCUGCAGGUGUCAUGUUAUAAAGGAGGAGGAGCUGAGCAGAAGAUAUAUAUACAAUACAGUACAAUCUGCAGGUAUCAUGUUAUAGAGCAGGAGGAGCUGAGCAGAUUAUAUAUAAAA